AUGUCCUCCCGCUUCGUCUCCGCCGGCGCCAUCGACGCUUCCACCGGCGAGCCAUCCACCGCCGCACCCCCUCCCGCAGAAACCGCUUCUUCAAACUCAAAUCCAAGGGACCCUACCACGGACACAACCACCAACCCCCCCUCCGCCAAACAAGCCGCCUGGUUAGCAGCCACAGCCCAACUCGAAGCCGACCGCCUCCGCCGCGACCAAGCCCGCCUCCAGGCAUCCCAAUCCGGCGAGAAAUCCCUCUACGAAGUCCUCCAAGCCAACAAAGCCGCCAAACAAGCGGCAUUCGACGAAGCCCACCGCCUGCGGAAUCAAUUCCGUGCGCUGGAUGAUGAUGAGGUGGAUUUUUUGGAGGAGGUGAGGGCGAAGAGGCGACGGGAGGAGGAGGAGGGACGGAGGGAGGUGGAGAGGGGGGUUGAGAGGUUUAGGGUGGCGCAGGGGAAUGGGAAUGGGGAGGGGGGUGGAGAUGGGGGUGAGGAGGGGGAAGGGUGGGGGUUUGCUUCUGGUGGUGGUGGCGGGAAGAGGAGGAGGAAGGUUGAGGGGGGAUUGUUGGGGGGGAGGAAGAAGUUGAAGGGGGUUGGGGUGAGGAGGAAGGGGAGUGGUGGUGGCGGUGGUGGCGUUCAGGUGGAAGAUGGUGAUGGGGGUAAGAAAGGGGAGGAGAAGGUGGAGGAGGAGCCUCAAGUGAAGGGCCAGGAAAAGGAGCGGAAGGUGAGCUCUACCGAGAUGAAGAAUGUAGUGGGCCAGGUAGAGAAGGCGACGGUUUCGACGGGGCCGACACCGGCUGAAGCACCAAAUCCAGCGCCAGCUGUAGCUACCGCAAAGCCCGGGGGUUUACUCGUCGACUACGGAUCUGAUAGCGACGAUGACUGA